AUGUUAGAAGUUGGUUUAAGAGUGGUUCGUGGACAGGAUUGGAAGUGGGAUGAUCAAGAUGGUGGAGAGGGUCAUGCAGGAACAAUUGUGGAAAUUGGCAAACCUCCUUCUUUUGGCAAUUCAGCUACUAGUCCCAAUCCAUCUGAUAGAACACCAGAUAAAACUGUUAUUGUUCAAUGGGACCAUGGAUCCAGGAGCAAUUAUAGAAUUGGAUAUCAAGGAGCUUAUGAUCUUUUGGUAUUUGAUAAUGCAGCCAUAGGUAUCAAACAUGCAAAUAUAAUAUGUGAUGGAUGUAAAAGACAUGGAAUAAUUGGUAUUAGAUGGAAAUGCAUACAAUGUUGUGAUUAUGAUUUAUGUACUCAAUGUUAUAUGGCUGAUGUGCAUGAUUUGAAUCAUUGUUUUGAGAGAUUUCAAACAGCUAAUUCUGUGGGGAUUCAAUUAACUCCAAGAGAAGGUUGUACUAAGAUACCUUUAAAGGGAAUAUUUAUAGGAGCUAAAGUUAUUCGUGGUCCUGAUUGGGAAUGGGGAAAUCAAGAUGGAGGAAGAGGAAAGACUGGUAGAGUUAUAGAUAUACGUGGAUGGGACAAUGAAAGUAGUCGUUCAGUGGCAACUGUAUCAUGGUCUAAAGGCAGUACAAAUGUUUAUCGUCUCGGAUACAAAGGUUGCGUUGAUUUAUGUUAUGUAGAAGAAGCUACAGCUGGUACAUACUAUAAAGAGCACCUUCCAUUUCUUGGACAAUCAAUAAUGGCGGUAUCCGAUAAUGGAACCAAUAUAACUUCAAUGAAGAGUGGUUUUCCUUUAUCUAUAUCUAGUCCACGUCAUUCAACGUUUAAUGUUGGAGAUAAAAUAAAAGUAUUGGUUGAUGUAGAGACAUUAAAAGAAAUGCAAGAAGGUCAUGGUGGUUGGAAUCCACGUAUGGCUGAAUAUAUAGGUAAAAUCGGUAGAGUUCAUCGUAUUACGGACAAGGGUGAUAUCCGUGUACAGUUUGAAGGAUGUAACAAUAGAUGGACUUUUCAUCCGGGUACACUGACAAAAGUUAUUAGCAAAGAUACUUUUUCUUUAGGAGAUAUAGUUAGAGUAAAAACCGAUUUAUGUGCAGUUAAACUUUAUCAACAAGGUCAUGGAGAGUGGAUAGACGUGAUGAAAAAUGCUCUAGGAAAAACUGGAAAAAUAAUCAAAAUAUAUUCUGAUGGAGACUUAAGAGUUGCUUUAGAUGGUCACACAUGGACAUUCAAUCCUUUAAGUGUUUCUCCUGUUCCUCCUGGAGUAGAAACUAUUACUAUACAGGAUGAGCCAAAUAGAAAUCGAGAUUGGACAGGUGAAGGUGUUGAUACAGAAGUUGAGAAACUAUUAAGAGAUGCAGCUAGAGGAGAGGCAGGAGUAUCUGCAGUUCAAGAAUUUCUUAAAAAGUAUCCUGGUAGAGUGGAUGCAAGAGCUGGUGGACCAGGAGGGGGAAAAAAAACUUGUCUACAAGUAGCGGCGCAUCAAGGACAAAAAGAUCUCUGUAUUCUUCUUUUGGAUGCUGGAGCGUCUUUACGAGCUAUUGAUGAGGAUGGAGACACACCUCUUCAUUAUGCUGCUUUUGGAAAUCAACCGGAAAUAAUGGAAUUACUUCUUUCACGUGGUGCAGCAAUCAAUGCUGUGAACAAUGGCAAAUGUAGUGCAUUGCAUGUGGCCGUGAAUAAACAACAUGCUCAGUGCGUAAAAGUUUUAUUACGUCAUCAUUGCGAUGUUAAUCUCCAAGAUUCAUAUGGAGACACAGCGUUACAUGAUGCAAUUGGAAAAGAUGCUUUAGAUAUCAUAGAUGCUCUUUGUUCAUGUGAAAGAGUGGACUUUACAUUAAGAAACAAACGAGGUUUUAAUGUACUACAUCAUGCUGCUUUGAAGGGUAAUGCUUAUGCAACAGAGAAAUUAGUGACACGAGCAAGACAUUUAGUGGAUGUUAAAAAAGAAGAUGGCUUUGCAGCAUUACAUCUUGCAGCUUUGAAUGGUCAUAAAGAUGUAGCCGCCAUACUUCUUUCUUCGAAUGGUGGGAAUGCAAAAGUAGAUUUACGAAACAAUCGACGUCAAACUCCUUUACAUCUAGCCACUUCUCAAGGGCAUUGGGCUUUAGUAGAGUUUCUGGUUCAUCAUAAUGCUGAUAUUGCUAGCAUAGAUGCAGAUGGAGAUACGGUGAUACAUAUUGCAAUAGUGAAGAGUCCUAAUCAAAGCAAUGUGAUUCCUACGCCUGAAAGUUGUCAAGACUCGCCUCUUAUUUAUGCAAUAUGGCAAAAUUUAGCAAGGCAAGGCGUGAAAACAGAACUUGCAUUAGUUUGUUUCCUAGUAAAUGUGGAUAGAAGUUGUACCUUAUUGGAACAUGCAAGAAAUUCGAAAAAUAAGACGCCAUUAGAUCUUCUUGAAACUGAUUCUCAAUUCGCUCCAUAUAUUAAUUUGAUACGGUGUUAUCAAUACCAAAGUCAUAAUAACCAAUUAGAAAUAGAAAAUUCAUCUACUUCAGAAUCUUCCAUAUAUCAAAUAGAUACGGAAGUCGUGCAUGGAACAAGAAAAUGUAUUUCAGGUUCUGGUGAUGCUUCUGAAUGUCACAAUUGCUUAGGUACAGUAAUGAACACAAUAAAAGAAAGAGAAGAAAAUAGAUUUGAUCCUGGUAGCAGUCUUGCUAUUAUUAACUGUACCCAUUGUGGUCAUGGAAUUGCUAAAACGAAAGAUGGCCAAAUAGCAACAGGCGAAAUUUCUUUGACAAAAGAAAAAAUAAAAGAUAAUGUUUUGGAUGAGAAAGAAAAGGAAGAAGAUCAAGAUAAGGAAAGAGAGAAAGAUAAAGAUUUAGAACGAUUGCGUUAUUUAGAAACACGAAUAGCUGAUUUGGAGGAAGCCAAUAUGUGUAGUAUCUGUAUGGAACGUCGUCGAAAUGUUGCUUUUCUUUGUGGUCACGGAGCUUGCGAACACUGUGCAGCUCCUUUAAAAACAUGUCAUAUGUGUCGCAAAGUUAUCACAAAAAAGAUUAAUUUAUAUUAGACAAUCAAAGCGUCUUUACGCUCUCUAUUUAGGUGCUAUUUUUGUUUCCUAAUAUUCAUACGUUCGGAUAUAUGCGAUAUUAUUGGCUGUAAAAAUUAAGUAACUAAAUUGAAGCUGCCAAAAUAUACAAUAUCUUUCUAUUUAAA